AUGGCAGCAGAGAGAGAAGAACUAAAAAUAAUCAGUUUAGGAGGUAAAGGCUCAGCUUUAACCUCCACGUCUGUCUACGCGAUCGCCACCGGCCACGCUCAGGUACGCAUUGACUCAUCUGUACUCGACAGACUCACCGAUCGAAACCGAAACCCUCAAAAACCACUCACCCCAAUCUGUUUAAUCCCCAAUAAAGCCCCAAACCUAAUUGAAACUCGCGCUUAUCUCACUGUCCUCCUCAAUAAACUCCUUCACUACACGAAUUCCUCCAAUGUCCGUAAAUUUCUCCCUAAUUUGAUUGCCGAAACCCUAAAUUCGAAUAAGAUUGGAAGUGAAGAACCCCUAGGGUUGAAUGUUGAGGUGACUGAAGAGGAGAGAGUGGUGAUUGAGGGAUCCGAUGCGGAAUUCUAUGGGGUUUGUGCGAUUUUGGAUCAUGAAGGGAUGGGGUUAGGUGUUGUUAUUGAUGCUGUGGCUGCUUUGUCGUGUGAGGCGGUGAAAGAAGAUGCCAGGUCGUUUGAUGGUGUGGAUAGUGGGGAUGGGUUUGUUGAUAAGGAGGCAGCUGCAGUUGCGAGUGAUAUGAAGGUUUUGCUUGCUGGGUAUGAUUCGAAUAAGAGAGGAGAGAGUGAGGCGGUUUUGAAAAUGACGAAAAUUAAUGGGAAGUUGAGGGAGAUGGUGAAAGCAUUGCAUACAUUGACUCGUGUGGAGUUGAAUUCAGGGGUGAAAGGAUCGAGAGGUGGGUCUGGGGAGGCAGGGGGGACCACAGUGUUGGGGUUGGCCUCUGCAUUGUGGAAUUUAGGGAAGAGUAGUUUGUGUCGGGCAAAAAUGAAUUUGGAUGUGGUGGAGAAUGAGAGUUUGAGGGAUGGCUUGGUGGGUUUAUUUGAGAACAAAUGCCCUAGUGAGGAUUGUUUGAGGAAUGGAUACAAGGCAGUUAGUGAUUCACAACUCGUGGAGGAUUAUGGAAAAUUUGUGUAUGGAGUGUAUGGUUUGUUGGGGAUUGUAUGGAGUAUUGUUGGGUGGGAGGAGAUAACUGCGUUUCUUGCUCUUGAGGGUGUGGAGUUGAUGGGUGGAAUUGGUGGUCAAGUGAAUGUAGGGGACGCAAAAGUUGACAAGAAAAGUGGGAAGAAGAAGAAAAAGAAGACAGUUUUAGGAAAAGGGACUAGUGUUAUUGUACAGUCGAUUAAGGAUAGGUUGCAGAUUGUUGCAGGGGGGUCUAGUGAUAGUUUGGAGGUAUUGGAGAAAUGGGUUGAGAAUCUUCUGUCUUCUUUUGAUCCAAAGCAACCAGAGUUUGAUGAAUUCGUGCAGAAAGUGAAGGAGAUCGUGGAAAGAAAUGAAAGUAGAAGACUUCCCAAGCUUCCAAAGGGUACUCGUGAUUUUGCAAAUGAACAAAUGGUAAUAAGAGAAAGGGCUUUUUCAAUCAUAACAGAUGUUUUCAAGAGGCAUGGUGCCACUGCUCUUGACACUCCUGUGUUUGAAUUGAGAGAGACUCUCAUGGGAAAAUACGGGGAGGAUUCAAAAUUGAUUUAUGAUCUUGCUGACCAGGGUGGAGAGCUUUGUUCUCUGCGGUAUGACUUGACUGUUCCAUUUGCUAGAUAUGUGGCUAUGAAUGGUACAACUUCAUUCAAAAGGUAUCAAAUAGCUAAGGUGUACAGAAGAGAUAACCCAUCUAAGGGAAGAUAUCGAGAAUUUUAUCAAUGUGACUUCGAUAUUGCUGGACAAUAUGAAGAAAUGGGACCAGACUUCGAGAUUGUUAAGAUUUUGACAGAAUUGCUUGAUGAGCUAGACAUUGGAGAUUAUGAGGUUAAAUUGAACCAUCGGAAGUUGUUGGAUGGUAUGUUGGAAAUAUGUGGAGUGCCACCUGAAAAAUUCCGAACCAUUUGCUCAAGUAUUGACAAACUAGACAAGCAAUCAUUUGAGCAGGUUAAGAGAGAAAUGGUGGAAGAGAAGGGGUUAGCUGUUGAGACAGCAGACAGAAUUGGUACUUUUGUGAAGGAAAGGGGUUCUCCAAAGGAAUUAUUAUCAAAGCUUAAACGGGAGGGCAGUGAGUUUUUAGAAAAUGCUUCUGCCAGUCGUGCACUGGAUGACCUGGAGAUUUUAUUUGAUGCUCUGGAACGGUCAAACUGCAUUAACAAAGUGGUUUUUGAUUUGAGCCUUGCCAGAGGGCUUGAUUAUUAUACUGGGGUCAUAUUUGAAGCUGUUUUUAAAGGGUCUACGCAGGUUGGUUCAAUAGCUGCUGGUGGGCGUUAUGACAAUCUUAUAGGAAUGUUUGGUUCAAAACCAGUUCCAGCUGUUGGGGUCAGUCUUGGCAUCGAGCGAGUAUUUGCCAUAAUGGAGCAGCUGCAGAAGGACCGGAAUGAGACAACCCGACCUACCGAAACCCAGGUUCUACUAGCCAUUAUGGGAAGCAGAAAAGUACCUUUAGCUGCAGAGCUGGCCAGCAAGUUAUGGUGUGCCAAGCUGAAAUCUGAAUUUGUUGUGAGUACAAGAUUUGAUAAGCUCAUGAGUCGCGCCAAAGACUCAAACAUCCCAUGGAUGGUACUCGUUCGGGACAGGGAGCUGGAGACAGGGAUGGUAAAAAUAAAGAACAUUGAGACGAAAGUGGAGGAAGAUGUGCCUUUAAGCACGUUUGUUGACGAAGUUAAGAAACGAUUAAGCCUGUGA